AAAAACCGCGAUUUUGUUUUCACACACUCCCACAACAUGGAUUCGAGUGGCGUAUCGACGUGUAGUCAGUGGUCUUGUAUUUUAUUUGUUUUUUAAAAAACCGAUAAAACUGGAGCUGAGAUGUGGAAGAUCCCGGGCUUCUCGUGCUCUCGCCUCGCUUAAGGCGCACAUUGCGUUGACGUGUGCCUUUACGGAGCCUAUAGCUUAGCUUAGCUUAGCUUAGCUUAGCUUAGCUUAGUUUAACAUAGCAUAGCAUAGCAUAGUUUAUCGUUAGCUUCGGUCCUGCUGUAUGUUUUGUUUACGAUAGAGAUUUACAGAUUAAACGGGUGUAAAAUGAUUGACUGUUUAAGCGAACAAGGCAGAAAUUGAAUGAAAAUUUUAAAGUUUGCUGUUAACACUACAAGUGUGUGUGUGUGUGUGGUUCACUCAGGUCUCGUGAUGAUUAGCAAUAGUAAUGGGGAGUUUGUUUUAGCGUGGUCAGAAAAAUAAAUAAAUAUACAAGCAAAUAAAUAAAAACAGUGUUGAUGAAUUUGGUGUGAAACUGUAGCCGGAUGUUGUUAUGGACUCUGUGCUGCUUGAGCUCACUGAUGUCUCCAGGCUUUUUUUUUUCUCCUGCAGCAUGUGGUCGCCCCAGUAGCCGAUUAACUUAAAUCCCCCUCUCCACCCACUCCUAUGCAUACAAGUCCACAUCCACGCCUUUAUGACAUGAAGGAGUCAAGCCUGCAGGCGUUCUGAAUGGUGCUAUAGGAGAGCAUGUAAGGCUGAUCAUCUCAGUCCUUCUGCAUGACUACUUCUCCUAUCCAGACACAUCUUUGGAUGAAAGGUACGCAGUUCCAGGACUUUGCCACAGCCUGGACACCAUCGCAAACUAAACCGCAGGUGAAUCUUGGCGUCAUGAUGAACUCGCAUAGCCCGACUUGGUAAUGGUUAGAGGUGCUGUUUAUAAAAAAAAAGUGUAGUUUUUACUCUCAUUCGUUCCACUUUAUUAUAGACUUCUUCUUGUGGAGAGGGCCUGAAAAGUCGACCCCUGCUGUGUGGAGAUCAGCUACUGUAUCCUGGAGCGCAGCUUGAAGGUGACAGGGUUGGAUGAAGUACCUUUGGAAAGCGUUUCAGAGCAGAGUGAAGAGCUGGGGAAAACAUCUUUGGAUCAGGACCGGGGCCAAAGUGGCGGGCCAUAGUUUUAUGUGGUCUCGAAGUGAAGAGACGAUGAGAGUUCACGUGCACACCAAGUUUUGCUUUCUCUGUGUCUUCACCCUCCUGUUCCAUCAGUGCACUCACUGUCAUGAAAGCGGCCAUCACCACCACCACCACCAUCACAGUAAUGGUCAUGGUCAUGACCAUGACCACGACCACGUCCAUGACGACCACCAGAUAUCAAGGGAGUCUUACUUGAGUCCACCAGAUCACCCAGUGCCCGAGAACCAGAAAGAAGCAGCAGAGCAUGAGCAGCAGUUCUACAUCCAGCAGCUAUUUCGCCGCUAUGGCCAGCAGAACCGACUUGACUUCCGAGGCUUCCAGAACCUGCUGCUGAGCCUGGGGUUAGGCGAGGUGCGAGUGGUGGAGCUGGAUCAUGACAACCUAGGCCAUGACCACGUGGCCCAUCUGGACCUUCUGGAAGUGCAGGAAGGACUGCAUUCGCAUUCAGCUGGUCACACACACUCACAUCCAAAGCAUUCCCAUCACAACCACCGCCAUCACUCCCAUGGAGAGGCUGAUGGAAGCUCUUGUAGCCCCAGUCUCACUGCAGUAUCCAGACCUACUGUAGAGAGCAAGCCUCAUGGACGGAAGGGCAAGGAUGGUGACCACGAUUAUGACCACCAUGUACAUGAUCAUAAACCUGAGCAUGGAAAUAAUCAGACUCUCAGUGUUGAUCAUGACCACAUGCAUAACAGUCACGAACACUCAGAUGGUCACUUACAUGACCCCGAUCAUGAACAGGACAAUACUCAGACUGAAACACCUGACCAUGACCAUACACAGGACAGUCACGAGCACUCACAUGUUCACUUGCAUGACCACAUGAAGCAACGAACCAAUGAGCGUACACAGGAAACCAAUGACCUUUCUGGACCCUCUUUAGACAACACCUUCCCCAGUAGCCAUGACGAUAAGAGACAGCCUCAUCGCCAUGGCCAUCAUCACCAUAAACACCCCCACCCUCACCACUACCAUCAUACUCCAAACAACACAGACCAGAUGAAGCCUACACAAACAGCCUCGGCAUCCCUUCAGCUUAGAAAUUCUGAGGCACUCACUCUCCAGCCCUCCAGUCUGCCUCCUACCUCAAUGCCUAAGAGGACAAGGAGGCCACAAAAGGGUAAAGGACAGCGUGGACGAAGCAGAAUGCCCAACUCUACCCUAAGCUCUGUGGUGGAUGAUAACUAUCAUGAUCAUGACCACCAUUUGCACCAUCAAGGACAGACCAGCAAAGAAAAACGUGCAGUACCAGAAGAGUUGACGAACCCAAACUCAUCUUUGGCUGGUCAGUUUGAGGACAUGCCUCACCAACACGAGGAGUGUCUAAAUCUCACCCAGCUGCUACACCACUAUGGCCUGAGUCCCGACUCGCUCAUUUCCCCAGCACAGUUCACCUACCUGUGUCCCGCCCUACUCUAUCAGAUAGACAGUCGCCUCUGCAUCCGCCAUUACCAUCAGGUCGACGUUCAAGAAGCACCUCAGAACUCAGUAUGGAUCUGGGUGUGGAGCUUUGUGUCCAUCACCGUGAUCAGCCUGCUGUCCCUGCUGGGCGUCGUGCUGGUGCCCAUCCUCAAUCAGUCCUGCUUCAAGUUCCUGCUCACCUUUCUGGUGGCUCUAGCAGUGGGCACGCUGAGCGGCGAUGCCCUCCUCCAUCUGCUGCCUCACUCUCAAGGAAACCAUGACCACAGUCACGGUGAGCAUGAACAUGGAGACGAGGACACAGAUUUGCUCACGGAGUUUGACGGUGUGUGGAAGGGUCUGACGGCACUGGCAGGAAUCUACCUCCUGUUCAUCAUCGAGCACUGCAUCAGGAUGGUCAAGCAUUACAAAGACCAUGGGGGUGGCUUCAGUCGGAGGAAAAAGAGAGGCGAGGAUGGGAAAAUCGGCAAGAAGCUGUCAGAUCACAAACUAAACAGGCACUCAGAUGCGGAGUGGGUGCAUUUAAAACGUUUAGAUGAUGCUUCCCAGAGCGACACUCCGAUGAUAGAACCGCAGCCUCCAGAUUCUCCCAGCAAGACUCCGCUGGCCACCACAGACUCGGAGCAUACUGUGGCCAUUGAGGAAACAAGCAAGAACGAAAAAACGAAGAAGCAAGGCCACGGCCACUCACAUCAUGGCCACUGCCAUUCGGAGAAGGACAUGAAAGAUGCCGGCAUCGCUAGCAUAGCCUGGAUGGUUAUCAUGGGAGAUGGCAUGCACAACUUCAGUGAUGGCUUGGCUAUAGGUGCUGCAUUCAGUGCCAACAUUACAGGGGGCAUCAGUACAUCUGUUGCUGUCUUCUGCCAUGAAUUACCUCAUGAACUGGGUGACUUUGCGGUGUUGCUGAAGGCCGGUAUGACCGUAAAGCAGGCUAUUGUGUAUAACUUGCUGUCAGCUCUCAUGGCCUACUUUGGCAUGGUGAUUGGCACAGCCGUGGGUCAGUACGCAAAUAACGUCACAAGCUGGAUUUUCGCCGUGACUGCUGGGAUGUUCCUCUACGUGGCCUUAGUGGACAUGAUGCCUGAGAUGCUGCACGGCGAUAGUGAAGAGCAGAAACGCUGCCUUCUGGGACACUUUGUCUUGCAGAACGUAGGCAUGCUCACAGGCUUUGCCAUCAUGCUGCUCAUCGCCAUCUUCGAGGACCGCAUCGUGUUCGACUUCCAAUUCUAGCUUUGUCUCGACGUCCUCCUCCGAAAACAAGGCACGAAGUGUCCUCGCGUCUCAUUCAUGUCCUCCUGUCUUCAUUUGCUCUCCAAGAGGGCCUCGGUGGCUUAUGGUGGACAUGCAGACCAAAACAUUUCCAACUUAGCAACAUUUCCCUCCCUAUCGAGUUUAAAAUGCGAGUAAGCACAAUCCAAAUGCAGAAACGCAGAUGUCUCUCUCUCUCUCUUUCUCUCUGUCUUCAAAAGCUCAAAGCGCAUGUCCCAGUGCUUGUCUUAACAUGUGUAUCAGUAUGUGAACAUCCUCUAUUGAAGGAAUAUCCCUUUAACAUCACGAUUAUUGAUAGACUGUUGAGAGAGGCAGCUAGUGCAUCUAUCCAUCCAUCUGAGCGUAGUAGUCCAGUAAUACGAGUUGUGUUUUUACGUGUAUUGCACUUGCAGGCCCAUUCAUGAAGAAAUGUGAUGUCUCGCUGUGUUUUGUCUCGUGUUGUCCAACCAUCAUUGUGCUAAAGCACAAGUCAGAGCCACAAAAUUCUCCAGUGAAAAAAAAAUAUAUAUAUAUCUUUACACACUGUACCAGCAACAAACAGCAGCCAUUGUUUGUGCCUGGCUUACAACUUUAAAAAAAAAAAAAAAAAAAAAAAAAAAUGUCUUAAUGUGCGUUCCAGCAGCGGUUGCGUAGAUUUGCCUGCUUUUCACUAUGCUGUAGUAACUCUACUGUUCCUAGUUGUAGGAAGCGCACUACAUUUCUCACGCCCUUCAAUUCCUUUCAUCAGCAAAUCGUGUGAAAGACAUCACCUGCCAUCCAUUUGAGUAUUAGUCCAAAAAAAAGUGCAGUGUUUUGAAGCAAGGUUAGAAUAAUCUAACGGCAAGGUCGAGCUGCUGCGGAGUAGUAUUUUGUUAGCUGUGAUUUAUUGGAUCUGCCAGAUCACUACACAUGAUAUUUAUUAGUGCGGGUCAGUCGUCAAGCUCUCGUUGUUCUCGUUUGCUGCACAGCACAUUGUUUUAAAUAUACAUGUUCAUACAGUAUAUCUAAAUGACAGUGAUUUCUUUUGCCUGAAUGAAUCAGUUUAAUGCUGUUUCUUAGCAACAUUCAUUACCAUAAUUAUGCUUUUUAUUUCAGCUUGUUCUACUGGUCAAAUCAAGGUAUUACACUUCACCCAGGGUGCUGAAUCUUUCCUCAUGACACACAAUCAGAAACAGUCCUUUGACAACGGUUAGUAGAUUUAGUGUAAAUUCGAUGAUUUAUCGUCGUAACUUCUUUGACAAUCCAAACUCCAGGUUAUUAUUAGGCUAAUUUGCACUUGCUCAGAUUUCUUUGUUAUUGAAACAAAUGAUGGAUUUUUAUUAUUUAAAAAAAAAACGAUGCAGUAUGUGAUGCUGUUUUGAAGACGCUGACCACCUCACAGCACUGCACUCCACUCGUAAACUUUCCCAUCACACAUUCCAUUGGCCGUGUCUGAUUAGCUUCCCAAGCUAACACUCCUGUGAUCUGUUCUCUUGAAUGUAUAUAAAGAUCAGUCGCCUUCAUUUUGCCAACAUUCUCAAGUGGACCUGAAACAUGCAUGUGGCAUGAGUUAAAUGGAACAAACUGUUUUUUCAUUUUAUUUUUUUUCUGUUUUGGUCAGUGUUUGAUUUCUAUUAAAUAGAGUAAGACGUAUGCUAUGAGUGUUGAGCAUUUUGUUGGUUUUGCUUCUCAGUUAUUAGUGUUAAAACUUUAGCACAACGAGGUGGACUUGUGAGCAGAAAGUGAUGGAGACAUGAUUUCUGUGUUCACCUUGAUGUUGGAGUUUGGUCGAAUGAACUAAAGCACAAGGUGGUUCAAACAAACUUUUAAUCUAAUUUUCUGGAUUAUAAGUUUGAAUAAGUAUGAACUCGCCUUAAGGCAUGUGGUACGAUUAUAAAGCGCUUGUAUAACACUCAUUUACAUUUUAAUUUCCAUCAUGGUAGUGCAGCUUGUAUUUAACAAAAAAAAAUUAAUAAUAAUCAAAUGUCUAGUCUUUAUAACCCAAAAUAACAUUUCAUUACUUUAAAGAUGAAAAAUGUGAAGGAUCUGGCAUUGACUUUUUUUUCUUUUUUUCUUUUUCCCCUGCGUUUCUGAAAGCCUGGCUGUAAAAAUGUCUUCAUCACAUUUGUUAGUCUUGCUGAUGUCUCUCUGUCUAGAAAUAAAGGUCCGCCAACAGC